AUGCGUGGACUUUUUGGUUAUCACGUUAUGAUAAUUUCGAAGUACCUCGAGACUAUUAAAGACUUUAUUAACUUGGAGUUGGUGUGCAAGAAAUUUAGAGAAAAUAUGGAGAAGUUUCACUUCAACCCAAUUCCGUUAAAUAUCAAAACACUUGGAUACUUCCCAAAUAUCGAGACACUUCAUUUGUGGGAUGUAAAAGAUGAGACCUUUGGCAAUGGAUUUAUGACAAACACAGAAGAAAAAGUAGAUAAUGAAAACAAAACUGUUUUGAAUAGAAAGUUUUUUCGAAUCAUUGUGUGGUUCAAUGUUAACUUCGAAACUGUUGACAGAAACAAAAAUCGAAACAUCGAGUUUAAAAAUGUUACUUACACUGAAAAUGAUAGAAAGAAAUUUGGUAAUAUCAUACCAUCUAGUGUGAAAUCAAUUGGUAAUUUUUGUUUCGGCCAUUGCAAUAAAUUGAGCAGUAUUAUAAUACCAUUAAGUGUGACAUCAAUUGGUGGUUAUUGUUUCAGUUGGUGUAGUAGUCUGACCAGUGUUACAAUACCAUCAAGUGUGACAUUGAUUGGUCAUAGUUGUUUCUAUAAAUGCAGUAGUUUGAGGAGUGUUACAAUACCAUCAAGUGUUACAUCAAUUGGUUAUGAUUGUUUCUGUGAAUGCACUAGUUUAAGCAGUGUUACAAUACCACUUAGUGUGACAUCAAUUAGUGGUUGUUGUUUCCCAUCAAACACAAUAAUUCAUCGAAGCGAAUGA